CCACGAUACCGACUAGAGCAAUGCCUCGCAAGCUUUCCAUCGAUCCCGACACGAUCGUGCCUAUGCACAAGGCACCCGCGCCUGACCCAGGAGAGGACUUCAACGUGCUCUUCAUCGGUGCGGGCAACAUCAUGUUCGGCAGUGAUGAAGGACCGUGGAACCAUUCCUUCCGUCUGGAGCACAAGCUCGGCCCGCGCCUCAAAGUUAUCGCUCUCAUCGACCCGUGGCUUGAACGGGCUGCUCAGGUUCUCGAGCUAAAACGUGCUUCCUUCGUCAAGAGCGCAUAUGAGCACACUAGAACGUACAAGACGCUCGAUGACUUUAUUGCCGACAUGGAUGAUGAUGAGAUGCCCCAGGCUGUUUGGGUCGGUUCUCCCCCCGAAUUCCGAGGAUCCGAUGAACCGGGCAAGGACAUUGAGCUCCAGCUGCUGAAGCAUUUCCCCGGGGUCGCUCUCUUCAUCGAGAAGCCCGUGACUACCGGAGACGUGGGCAAGGCGCUUAAAGUGGCCAAGGCAAUUAACGACGCGAAGACUACCUGCUCUGUCGGGUAUAUGCUCCGCUACCUCAAGUGUGUACAGAAGAUGAAACAAAUCAUCGAGGACAACAACCUCGUCGUGAUGGCAACUGUUGCACGAUACGUCUGUGCCUACGAAAGGAUCCUGAAACACCACUGGUGGAACAAGUCCAAGAGCGGCGGGCCGAUCCUCGAGCAGGGCACUCAUUUCUGUGACCUCUCCCGCUACUUCGGUGGUGAAGUAGAUAUCCCGUCUGUGUCUGCCCAUUCGCUGGAAUUCUACGAGCCCGCCGGACAUCUGAGCAAAAUCGGCUUCGACGAAGAGCAGAUCGUUCCUGCCGAACAACGCAUCCCUCGUGUCACCGCCGCAACCUGGAAAUAUAAGUCCGGCGCCGUCGGUAGCUUCACCCACGCCGUUGCCCUGCAGGGCCGUAACUACUCUUGCGUGCUUGAGGUGUAUGCAGACGGGUACCAGAUGCGCCUUGAGGACCCUUACAACAACCCAGCGCUGUUUGUCCGACGGCCUGGUGACGACUUCGAGGAGACCUACAGGUACACGGACGACGACCCGUUCUUUACCGAGGUUGCGAACAUGAUCGACGUUAUUGAAGGAGGGCCGGACAAGGCCGAGAUCUUGAGCUCGUUUGAGGACGCCGUGCGCACAUACGAGUUCACUUGGGCGAUCCGCAAGGCAAGCGAAGCUUCUCGGAAACUGCCGCCCAACAUUCCCAAGGCCGAUUGAUUUCACAUGAUACGUUUAAAUGGAUAACAUACACGUGAGGAACGACGCCAGCGCGGGAACGUCACGGACUCAUUUGUAGCAAACGUCAGCCGUUGUACUUGUAACUACGAACUGAAACGGGCGCCUCUGGUAGCGGGCGCCUUCAAGAAAUU